AUGACAACCAUGGAAGAAAAGAAGGAGGAAGGGAGUGUGGAAAGCCCCAUGUCGCGUAAGCUAAAGCGCGAGCUGCCGAAUCACAUCUAUGUUGUUGCAGCUCAAAAUGCAAAGAACCGCUUUUUCAUUCCUAGCAAGUCCGACGUAUUCGCUGCCAUUUCCUGUGACUACGUCAUGAUUGACAAUGGUUGCAACAGCCUUCUUCUGCCCUUCGAUCAUCGGGCAAUCUUGAACUUCUUCACUGAACCUUCGCACGAGUGGAAGAUUCGCAGCUCACGGGGCACAGGAGGAAUGAACUCUCGCACGUUGAAGAUCACCCGGGAUGGCGGUGCGCAGCCUGUGGGGACCAUGACAUUGGCGGGAAACGAAAAUCUGAUGUCUCUCCCUUUUCUGCGUUUCCACCUUGGAAGCGAUUCUGUCCGCGCGCUUCUCGAGAACAACAGCAACAAGCUGAAUGGGACAGACACUGAGAAACUUCGUGGCUUCUUGGCCGCCAUGGGCGACACCGAAGCGCCGCCAUGCUCUCCUUGGGCAACUCUAUCUCAAAUGUGUCGUGUCCCUCCAGAUCGAUGGUUUGAUUCUGAUGGGUGA